GCAGCAACUUUAGCAGUACGUAUUUUUUUCACUGCGAUAACACUAUCUGCCACUUUGCCGAGGAUGUCAGCCCCCACCAACUCGCUUCAGCAGCCCAGGAUGAGGCGCAGCAACGCGGGCUCUCCCGGGUCCUUCAACAACGGCGGCUGCCGCCUGCACCCUAUCCGUGCCACCGUGCCUUACCAGCUCCUGCGCGGGGGUCAGAGCAGCCCGACACGGGCGCAGACUUUGUCCGGAGGAGCCACGAGCAGCCGGGGCUCCAGUCCCCCCUCCAGCCCCCCGACGCUCUAUUCAAACGCUAAGCAAAGACUGUCCCCCGAAAACAAGGAGGCGUCCGGCCCCCCUGACAGAGCGGAAAGAGCUAAAUUACAAGUGCGGAGCUCCAGUGCCAUUCGAAGGGCGUCUUCACUGGACGCCAUCACAGGACCGUACCUCACUGGUCAGUGGCCACGGGACGCCCACGGACCGUACCCUUCCUGUAUGAAAGACAAAGCUACCCAGACUCCAGGUGUCUGGACCGAUGAAGGAGCAGAACUGGGCAGUCCUCACCAGCGGUCAGCCUCGUGGGGCAGCGCAGACCAUCUGAAAGAGCAGAUUGCUAAACUCAGACUGCAGCUGCAGCGCAGCAAACAGGCCACCCGGCAGAGCAAAGAGCGGGAGCCCGGCUCCCUGCAGCUGCUGCAGCCACAGGCGCAGCACUGCGCCGCGUGCCACCCUCAGUACAAAGGAGCUUCAUCAACUUUGACGACAGUUCCUGUGACAAAAUCUCUCAUAUGCAGAGUACCGAGCAGUGUGGAGGGCAUCAACCAUGAGCUGGAGAAUGUGUUUAUCAGAGACGACUGGCAGCCGGGGAUGCAGGCCAUGGAGGUGGUGGACGGCCGCCGCCCCCCCUUCCCCGCGCAUCGCUACAGCCACAGCGGAGACACGCGGGACACGGACACACAGGCCCCCUCCAGCGGGGAAUCCAGCCCGUCGCCCCGCCCCCGCAGCUCCGACCACCUCCACUCCCCCGACGGAAGCCCCUGCUCUGCGGAGGAUAUCGACAAAGAGAGUGUGUGCAGCUCCCCUCUCCCCAAGUUCGCCACUUCUCCCAAACCCAACAACAGCUAUAUGUUCAAACGGGAACCUCCAGAGGGAUGCGAGAGGGUCAAAGUGUUUGACGAGUUGGUGUCUGGCAAAUCAAAAGGCUUUCCCCUCUUCUCGUGCCCGGACAAGAACAAGGUGAACUUCAUCCCCAGGGGCUCAGCCUUCUGCCCCGUCAAGCUGCUCUGCUCCUCUCUGUUCUCCCCCAUCGCCUCCUGCUCCUCCGUCAGCUCUGCUCUCCACAGCAGCAGCGGCCUGGGAGCCCAGGCCAGCCCCCCUCUGCCCACCGCCGCCUUAUCAGCCCCCACAGACACCAGCGGAGACUCAAACAAAAGCACAGACGGCCAAACCUCUGACUCAGAUGGCUCAGCGCAAGUACUCCUCACCAGCUAG